CUUCGGUGCUGGUUCCGUUGCUUGCUUACCGUGGUUUUCUCCGCACCUUUCCGCCAUCGGCCGGGUAUUUUCACCGGAGGGGCCAAAUUCUCUUUCACUCUGGAGCAUGCAAUGCUACGAGAGAAUCCCGCAUGUAAAUGUAAUCGACCACACAAGCUCACUCAUCUACUUGCAGAAGCAUCACCGACGGAAAUUUCUGUUUUCUGUACAACAACCGCCACGGCGUCCGUGACCUCUGGCACUACUACAGACGACACGGGUAUCGAGUCUGCGGCUAGUCUCGGAGCUUCACCGACAUUGCCAUGCAGUUCCAAAUUGAUCCAGCAUGCUGAUAUUAAGCGGCCGCCUUGGAAUUCGGAGCAGCCCCCACCCAUCCCUCCAAAGGCCAAUAGGCGUGUUUUGAAUAGGCGCAUUUCUCCGGACCGUUCGUCGAUUUGCUCACGGUUUUGUGAGGGACCUCGUUUUCUUUCCUCUCCACGUCAGUUUUCCCCCACUGCGGCCGCUACCAACAGCCCACCCGCAACCCAACUCCACCCCAAUCGGCGGGAUGAUUGUCCAACCAUCGUAAAUGUCCAACCCAAAAGUGUCUCUGCACAAAAUUAUUCUGUCCCGCCGAAUACUGCCAGUCGGUCGCUGCGCCUCAAUAGACGAUGUCUUCACUCUACUAGUGAGGGUUCGCAGCCGUCCGGGAUUGCCCCUUUCAGAAGUUCCGAUGAGUGUGUACACAAUACCAACCAUCCGAACUCUAGGCGCGUCGAUUCUUCUGGCUACUCCGUUGCAGUAGGUGACCUAAGGCACUUUACACCGAGUUCCCAUCCAACGUCUUACGCGCAUUUGCCAGUCACAGAUGGUCUCGCAGAAUCUGGGACCAUGCGCCCUCCGUGUGUGUGUCAGUUAAACCGGCAUGUCCACACAAAAGCCCUCCCACCGAUACCCACGCAUGACCGACAUCGAACUAUCCGAUCUCUGACUACCUCUUCUUCAGAUCCACGACGCGACCAGUGGGUCGAUCCUUGUAGUGGGUACGGCCCCACCACAAACCGGUAUGGCGACGGAACCCAAAACCUUGCUUCCAAAUUGGGCUGCGGUGGUCUUCUGUGGAUUUCCUCCAGUUUCGUCCGUCUCUUUCGUUAUUCCACCAGCCGAGGAAAACUGCUGGAGAUCAAACGCAAACGACUAUUUUCGAGAUCCUCCGCGCAACGUAACACUACAACUGAGGCUACUACAUCUUCCCCUGGUGACCGAUGGCAAAGUGUACCACUUGCACGCGAGGGAGAGCGGGAAGUUGUCAGCGCCAACACACUUUCGGAACAUUUGAACAAGCUGAUUUCGACCAACACGGUGGCUUGUGGGGCUGCAAUAUGGGACAGACAAUCUCGAACCCCCUGUCCGAUCGAACUUCUGGAUAACGUGAACACAUCGUCUCAUUCAUCUCCCAUAUCAACCAAUGCUACAGCUGUGCAUUCCCCUCCUUCCAAUAAACACCUGCUCCCCUCGCCUACACCUAUUUCCAUAGAUCCUGACAUCUUCAGUGCACUGGCCCAAUGUCCUUGUUGUUCGUCAAAAUACGAUCAGUCCAAACUGACCUCGGUACAUUCGGUGUCGCAAAGUGGUCGAACCCAUCCUUUACCCCCUUCUCGAACGACGGAUACUCCCUCACGACAUAGCCUCAGCCUUAUUCGACCUCACUGUUGCGCGUGUCCAUCGGAUCCGCCCAAACCCUGUUCUUGUGUUCAGUCACUGCAGUUCAUUCCUAAUAACGCGUCCCAAGUAUCCUUGAAGUAUGAAAUUCCACACUGGGAACAUAACCAUGUUUCUUCGAUUUCCCAGGCUCACCCGUCAGAUAGUCACCCAACAUCGGCGUCACAAUUCCAUAGUAGACGCUGCGUCACGCCGUCGAAUCAGCGUCUUUCUGGAAUCGAUCCCUCGUUAUCGGACCGGCCGCAUCGCAAAGAAAACCGACUCCGUCGUCCUUUAACUGACCAUCGCCACUCCAAGACCACGCAUAGGAGAACUUCGGAACGUCUGUCCUCCUCUUCCUUGACUAGUUCCGAUGCUGAUCAACCAGACGAACUUCCUGGGGUCGGGGUGCCAUCCAGCAGCUCCAAGGUCCCUGCCACCUCUGAUCACCUCCACUGCAUCGGAUCUUCCCUUCCAACUGGUUUGGCUAACUCAGAGCUUACAUCAGGUACUGAAACCGUCCAACCAUGCCCUUCGUGUAUAUUUGCCGACCCUAGUUUACCACGACGUUCUCCAGGCCGUUCUUCCCUCCGAACGUCAGGACCAGUUGAUGGGACCGUGAUGAUUCCAACUGCUUUCGAUUUCGAACCCUCCCAACAGCAGAAAACCGUGUGUUUCGUGGACCCACAACACCAAGUACAUCAUCACGUGCACCAUAUCCACCAUGUGCAUCACGUCCACCAUCAUCACCAUCACCUCCAGCAACAGCAACUUGAUCGACCCAGCGAAUCAGCCACUCUACAGCAUGCUGGCAGCCCUCAGACACAAUACUGUGAUCGCUGCAUCCUUGACGGUACACCGGUCUCGUGUUGCUCACUCGAAGCGGGAGUGUGGCGCACUUCAACCGCUUCAUCCUGCCUGACCACACGUCUAACAACGACAGCCUGGCUAGCUCCCACACGUAAACUGCAAUCUCUGGCUUUCAUCUAUUCGGACUAUUACGUUUCUACAUUUGCAGAUGUUGCCGCCUCAACUGCUGGUAGCACCCGGUCGCGCAGCACCCCAAGCACGAUUCGAACCAACGGGACGUGUGCUACACAGGCCUACCCACCAGUCAGUCAUUCAACGGCCGCCUCUGCCUUGCCUUCACCGACCUCGUCUGUGCGCCGUUCUCCUCGAACAGCUUCCUCUCCGCCAUCUACACCCGUUACAGCUUCCUCCGCCGCAGUGGAUGUUCAGGCGGGUCGAUUGUCGUUUCAAAGAAGCAUGUUAGAACUCCGAAAGGUUGGAUGGUACUGGGGUCCACUCAGUUUCCGCGAAGCUCAAGUUCUCUUGGCCAAGCGACCGGACGGGACGUUUCUCGUUCGUGACAGUGGCCAUGACACAUAUAUACUAAGCCUCAGUUUUCGAGUUCGUGGCGAAACCUACCACACGCGGAUCGGACACAAUCAAGGCCGCUUCAGUUUCUGGUCUCAACCUCAGUCACACAGCGCGAGCACGAUGGUGGAGUUCAUUGAGAAGGCAGUCGAUCAUUCGAUCAGCGGUCAGUUUCACUACUUUCUACAAAACAUUGCUCAAGGCCAGCCGCCCGUCGAGGUCCCACUACUCUAUCCACUUUCCAGGUUCCAGGUGGUGCCAUCACUUCGGCACCUGGCUCGUUUCACCAUCCUCUCGUUUGUUCGCAGGGACCACAUCGACAAACUACCACUGCCUUCACGUGUCCUGACAUAUUUGAAAGAAAAACAGUAUUAUGUAGAAUCGUUGGAGGCGUUUGAAGAGGCUAUCCGCGACCGCAGCCCUUUAGAGUUCCGGCCACGUUCCGCAGAUGUCGCACCCAACGUUGAUCGGUCUAACUCCGACCGAUUGGCGAAUAACGUUUCAGAAACCGCGAUGGCUGAUGGAGGUGGGCCCCGUCCACCACCGAACACAUCCUGACAUAUGGCAAGAUACCUUCCUCCUCUGAGCUGCAAUAUUGUCCACCCCAUGCUCUGCUACUGAUAGACAGUCGUUCAUUUCCCUGUACGAGAUGUAAAAUGGAAAUAACCACUACUAUGGCUAUAUUAUUUUCCCCGAAUUUCGUCAUUUUCUCUCUUAGCAUCAUUAUCAUCUCAUCAAUAUUAUUAUUUCUUCGAUGCACAAGUUUUCUUUUUGUCUCUUCUUUGCCGCUCUCUUUCUCCCGUUCGGUAUUGCUACAACCCUGGAUCCCCCCCCCCUCCCCACCUACUCGUGUCACCAAUCUUUUUUUACCGUGAACCAAAAUGUGAAAGAGGCAAACGAUGAUCAAAUCCACGAACCCCGCUCAUUCAGACCUCCACUCCCCUACUUGAAUCGUGUUUUGUACAUAGGUCCCCUGCGCCAACCCUACUUCCUGCUCCUUCCACAACAUAUACAUAUAGGCAUAAUUUGAGCCGAUUCUUUGAAGACUUUUCGA